AAGCGCUGUGAUACAGCGAGGUGGAGGAGGCUCAGGGCCACCCACAUGCCAUUGUCCCUUGCAGACCCCCGGCAUCACCUGGGGGACACGGGAGCUCCCCGGGGUGUCACUGCUCCCCCUCCCAGGGGCCAGGAUGGGCUCGGUGGGAGCCGAGCGCUUCAAGGAGCUGAGCCCGGCGGCGACGCCCGAGGGGAACGUGGUGAUGAGCUUCAGCUUCGACAGCUACCAGCUGGAGGAGGACGAGCUGCAGCGGGGCAGCCAGGCCAAGGGAGUGCUCACCUUCAUGGAGCCAGUUUCUGAGGACCCUGAGCCCCAGGAUCGAUACCAUGGGAUUUAUUUUGCUAUGCUGCUGGCUGGGGUGGGAUUUCUCCUGCCCUACAACAGCUUUAUCACCGACGUGGAUUACCUGCACCAUAAAUACCCAGGGACCUCCAUUGUCUUUGACAUGAGCCUCACCUACAUCCUGGUGGCCUUGGUGGCCGUCAUCCUCAACAACGCGCUGGUGGAGCUGCUGAGCCUGCACACCCGGAUCUCCGUGGGCUACCUCUUCGCCCUGGGGCCCCUGCUCUUCGUCAGCAUCUGCGACGUGUGGCUGGAGCUGUUCAGCCGCAGACAAGCCUACGCCAUCAACCUGGUGGCUGUCGGGGUGGUGGCCUUUGGCUGCACAGUGCAGCAAUCCAGCUUCUAUGGCUACACGGGGCUGCUGCCCAAGCGCUACACGCAGGGAGUGAUGACGGGCGAGAGCACCGCCGGGGUCAUCAUCUCGCUGAGCCGCAUCUUCACCAAGCUGCUGCUGUCCGACGAGAAGGAGAACACCGUCAUCUUCUUCUUCAUCUCCAUCGGCAUGGAGCUGACGUGCUUCGUCCUGCACCUGCUGGUGAAGCGCACGCGCUUCGUGCGCUACUACACGGCCAGCGCCCGCCAGGGAGCCGAGAGCCGCGGCACCGGCACCGGCUACCGCGUGCACCACGACGUCACCGCCGAGGACGUGCGAUUUGAGAACCGGGAGCAGGCCCAGCCGAGCUCCCCGCGGGGCAGCCCCGGCCCCGAGGCUGAGCUGGCCGGGAGCGGCACCUACAUGCGCUUCGAUGUCCCUCGGCCCAAGAUCAAGAGGAGCUGGCCCAGCUUCCGAGACAUGCUGCUCUACCGCUACGUGGUGUCCCGCCUCAUCUGGGCCUACAUGCUCUCCAUCGCCAUGACCUACUUCAUCACACUGUGCCUCUUUCCUGGGCUGGAGUCGGAGAUCCACAACUGCACGCUGGGGGAGUGGCUGCCCAUCCUCAUCAUGGCCAUCUUCAACCUCUCUGACUUCGUCGGCAAGAUCCUGGCUGCCCUGCCCUACGACUGGAGAGGGACCCACCUCCUCGUCUACUCCUGCCUCCGUGUGGUCUUCAUCCCCCUCUUCAUCAUGUGUGUCUACCCCAACGGGCAGCCCACCUUCGGCCACCCCGCCUGGCCCUGCAUCUUCUCGCUGCUCAUGGGCAUCACCAACGGCUACUUCGGCAGCGUGCCCAUGAUCCUGGCCGCGGGCAAAGUCAGCCCGGAGCAGCGGGAGCUGGCAGGGAACACCAUGACCGUGUCCUACAUGACGGGGCUGACGCUGGGCUCGGCCGUGGCCUAUUUCGCCUACAGCCUCACCAGCACCUCCCACAGCUCCUGUUUCUACACCGAAACCUCCAACGGCUCCUUCACCUCGGGCUACUGAGCCCUGGGCCGGGGCAAUGGGACAGGAUGGGAUCCCACCUGUGCCCCACAUCCCUCCUCAAGGAGGGAGCCUGGAGCCAGAAAGCCACCCCAGCACGGACAAGGACUGGUGCCCUGUUGGCACAGGGCUGUGGCAUUCCAAAAUGGCCCAGCUGCCCAGCCAGGCACUGUGCAAGGCCGCUGCUUGGGGUGACAUUCCUCCCACCCCACGGGACGGUUCUUGUCGCUUUUGGGCGUCUCCCCAUCAGCAGCGUGCAGCUCUCCAGUGAAGACUGGGGAUCUCCUGUUUCACCAAGCCAUUGACAGGAGGAAGAAAAUACUGCCAAAUCCCAAAGGGAAUAGGACCAGCACUGGGGAGGAGGGUGAUGGAGGGCUGGUGAGGGGAAGGAAACACUCCUUCAGUCCCUGCUGCCUCUGGGAAGGUGGGUCUCGACUUCCAUUGAUGGUUUUCAACAGGAAUGGCUUAAAAUGACAGUCCCUCCCUAAAUAUAGGAAACGCUUCUGAUGGUUGGGGAAAAAAGAUGUUUUUUUUAAUGGUGUCUUGUUUUACCCUCCCUAAGUGUAACAGAGGCAGGGUCUUGCCUCCCCCCACCCCACACUGUGAACCUGCCCCACUGCAAGGGGUAAAGAGGGGUCCCAAGGCUACAGCACUGCCAGUGCCACCAGCAGGCCGUUGCUGAGCUUCAAGAUUUAUUGCACAGGACCUAAGUGAAGCUGAUUAAAUAAUUAAAUGUCUUUGCACCAAUGGCUGGUCCUUAGCUGUGUCACUGGCACUGGUAGCACUUGACUGCUGGUGAUGGGCUGGGCUGGCAAGCACACACAGGGUGGUGCCUGCUGCCUGUUCUGUUGGGUUUUGAGGUGCUCCUUGUGCUGCUCUCUAUCUUCAGGACCCCCUUUUUUACCUGGGGUGGUUGAACAUGUCACUGGCUUACACCAACCCCCUGCUGUGCCUGGGCAGCACAUGGGAGAGAGAACAGGCCAAGAGGAGCAGAAAAUAUCAAGAGAAGGUGCCAACACCAUGUUUUGGGAGCAGCUGCACCUCACUGUGCCAGUUGGCGGGUGCCACCUCCCAGGGAAUGGAGGCCAAGGAGCCCCAGAGUGCCAGGCCUGGCCCCGACCCGGCCCCGUAGCACGGGAGGGUCUGGCUGUGCCAAGCUCCUGCCUGUACCAAGUGCAGCUCACACCAAAAAGAGCAAAUCCAGCCUUUCAUCCUCAGCACAUGGUGGCAGGGGGAGGACUCACACCUCCAGCCCACAGGCCCUGUCCCGCAAACACCUCUACUCCAGUGUCCAGUCCUGUCCAUUAGUGCCACCACGUCACACCAACGGGUUCUCCCCAAAAAGCCACCAGGCACCUGGGUUGUGUCUUCCUCCAGGGCAGGGGCUGUGCCAAAAAGCCAUCAUUGCCACCAAGGGGAGAAAAACCCUGCGGUCAGGACAAGCGAGACAAAGAAAGAUGCUUCGUUGGGUUGCUUUUUUUCAAUUAGAUUUUUUUUUUUUUUUAUGAAAAAAGAUCACACGGAGUUCUUCAACAAACAGAAUGCCAAAAAAAUUGUUUUAAACAAAA